AUAUUCUGCAUCCCUAAGGACGCUGGUUGACGAAAACAUCAUCUCAGUAUCUGUUUAGCAUACAUGGUUUAUUUCGACAUCUUUAGUAUUUUCGAUAAAGACAAGCUGUUGUCUUCUCAAAUAGUCUGGGCGACAGCAGCUGCAUUCUUCAUCGGCUAUGUCACUUAUGCCUUCUUCUUGUCUUUCGGGAGUCAAUUCAGGGGUCCGCUUAUUGCUCGCUUUGGGAUUGUUCGCGACCUGGUUGUAUUUGCAUCCGGGACAUUUGCCGACGUCUGUGAGGAUGAUUACUACCGAUAUGGUGACAUCUACCAUAUUGGCGCAAACCGCAUUGCAUUAUCCAACGUCUCUGACUGUCGCCGUGUGCUUGCGUCCCAUGACUUUCGAAAGCCAAGAUUCCGGUACCAGGCGUUUGAUACAAUCGGCCCUAACAUGCUCUCAAACACAGUGCCUGAGAUAAGCAACAUACGCCGCCGGCAGAUUGGCCCUAUGUUUAGGCACGGAUACCUUGCCGAGAUGGAGCCAGCCAUAAAAGAGUGUAGCAUCAAAGCGCUCAAGGCGAAGUGGGACAGACUAAUCGACGACUCCGGUGGAACAGCCGUGGUGAACUACUACUCGGAUUUCUUGCUGAUUGUAUUUGAUAUUAUCAGUACACUCGGGUUUGACUAUCAAUUCCGGACGCUGGAAAAUAACGGGUCGCAGAUAGUGAAGUGGGUUGACGAUGUACACCAACUCAAUAUGUACAGGAUUCUCUUUGCAUACCCAGCUCGGUUCCCAGCAACGCUUUUUACAGGUAAAUCAAUCAAGGGCGUCCAGGACUUUCUCGACUUUGGCAACAGAAUUACGGAGGAAAGGCGUAAGCAGGUGGAAGCGGGUAUGGAGCCGCCAAAGGACAUACUACAAGCACUGAUUGAUGCUGUGGAUCCAGUAACAAAGGAGAAGCUGACAACGGCGGAAAUAACAGCUGAGAACAUCAUUUUGCUAAUGGCUGGCACCAACUCCGCCUCCUAUACCAUGGCAUGGUUUUUGCACUACAUGAUGCUGUAUCCAGACAUCUACAAACGUGCUGUUGACGAAGUCAGGUCGGCAUUCCCUCAAGAUCACUGCAUCGGCUAUACAGAGGGACGCACCAAGCUCCCCUUCCUCGACGCUUGCAUCUAUGAAGUAAUGCGUAUCCGAGGUGUGACAUCUGUUAUCUUCCCGCGUGAGGUGCCUGCUGGUGGUGCAUCGUUCCAGGGCUACCAUUUCCCGGCUGGAACAUCUGUUUUCCUGAAUUUCGCUGGUUUGAACCACAACAAGGACGUCUGGGGGGAUCCACGAAACUUCCGGCCGGAUCGUUUCAUUGAGAACGAGAACUUGAAGCAGAAUGUGUUCACAUUCAGCUCAGGUGUUCGUGUCUGCCCUGGACGCAGCCUGGCACACUUUGAGCUCUACACCGUUCUAGCCAACCUCCUCAAGGAUUACGAUUUCAAACUUCCAGAGGGCUCACCUUGGGGCCCUGAUAACGUCGACAAGUUUGGCAACCCGAUUCCUAUGCCGCGCACAUUUGUAACUACAGUCAGACCCAAGUAUCCAGAGAGAGACUGCAAUGUUCUUAUCACCAAGGCUGCAUGACCCGUCUUCAGCUAAUCAAUAUACAACUGUCUGAAGCAGCUCAAAUUUCCAUUCACUGCUAGUUACUAGUUAUAUCAAAUACUGGAGUCACUACGCGUCGAGCCUGAGGAGUAUACAUUAGCCAUUCAUUUGAUUAAUUAAUAUCCCUUUCAAC